AGCCGGGAGCAGUGACCGAGCCGCCGGAGCCAGGGAGAGACGCGCCGGGGCGGCGGACUGGGCCAGAAGACCAGGGGCAGAGGGACGCCUGUUCGGGGACAGCCGGCGACAGCGGCGGCCCAGCCCGAGCUGUUCCAGCCGCGCACAACUGUAGCCGCUGCACCAGGACGUUUUUGUUUUGGGGGUUUUUUUUAAAGCUCUUCAAGCUACUCCCCCUCCCCCCGACUCCUCCCGCUGCAAAAGGAAAAAAAAAAGAGGAAGGAAAGAGGCUAGAAAGGAAACACAGAUUUGCUACCCCAAAGAAAAACAGAGGGGGAAAGGAAAAGAGAAAAGUCCAGAGACUGUGGGGUUUGCACGGAGGCAGCCGGAGCGUGGGCCGAGCGAUGUGGGGCUGCGCGCCCAGGCGGCCGCGAGUUGCGACUGGAGCCACGAUGCACGGCCAGGCGCGGUGAGGAGCCGGACGGCACCCCCUCUCCGAAGGAGUCCAGGCGCGGGGAGGGCCGUCCCGCGGAGACGGAGGCCGCCCGGCAGGCCACCGGCCGAGGUGACGGGGCUGGGGCGGUGGGGAGCGCGCGCGCUCACCUGGUUGCGUCUGCGCGGAGUUGUCCGUCUCCACUCUCGGUGGACAAGAGAACUCUUCAAAAGGGGGGAAACCUAAGCAACAACAACAAUCGACAACAAGAUCUUCCUCCCGUCCUCCCCUCCUCCCUCCCUCCCCGCCGCGGCCAGCCCCUUCUCCCUCCUCCCCCAGGCCCACCGCGGGCGCCCAGCGCGUCCCAACCCGCUGAGUGAUGCCGGCAGUUUAGGAUCCGAAGCUUCUCUAUUCGCUUGGUUCUUUUCUUUAUCGAAAGAGGAGGGGAAAUUCCGGUGGCGGGCAACCCGGCACACACACACACACCCCCCGCCCUCCUACCCCGACAAGAGCAGAUGCACUUUGCCUUCUGACAGCUCUACCUCAAGCCCGAGAGAACUCAGCGGCGCUUUCCCCGCAACCCCGGCCAGCCGCGUCGUCCUUCUCCGACUCCGGUGUGUUUAUUUCCGUUCCCGUCGCCGUUCUCGGUGACCUUCACUCCUUCGCGGGCUCUGGGCUUGAAGAGUCGCUUAGCUCGCCCGCCUGAGACUCUUUCCCUCUCCCCGCGAGCUGCGGCGGCGCUACUGUGUCCCGGAGGCCCCGGGACUGCCCGGCUGCACACUUCUCCGAGGCGGCGACCCCCGCCCCACGCCCCCAUCAACCUUCCUCCCUGUCUUUGAUUUUCCGGUGCGGGUUUCGGUUUGCCCCGCCACGUGUGUCUCCCCUUUUGUGGAGGGGCUGGGGAGUUCCUGCCGGUCGUCUUCGUGAGUCAUCCCCUCGGCUCUAUCUUGCGAUUCUCUUCUCCGGGCCUCACCCGACCAAACCAAAGACCAUGGUGCACUGUGCCGGCUGCAAAAGGCCCAUCCUGGACCGCUUCCUCUUGAACGUGCUGGACAGGGCCUGGCACGUCAAGUGCGUCCAGUGCUGUGAAUGUAAAUGCAACCUGACCGAGAAGUGCUUCUCCCGGGAAGGCAAGCUCUACUGCAAAAACGACUUCUUCCGGUGUUUCGGUACCAAGUGCGCUGGCUGCGCGCAGGGCAUCUCCCCUAGCGACCUGGUGCGAAGAGCGCGGAGCAAAGUGUUCCACCUGAACUGCUUCACCUGCAUGAUGUGUAACAAGCAGCUAUCCACCGGCGAGGAGCUCUACAUCAUCGAUGAGAACAAGUUUGUCUGCAAAGAGGAUUACCUAAGCAACAGCAGCGUCGCCAAAGAGAACAGCCUCCACUCGGCCACCACGGGCAGUGACCCCAGUUUGUCCCCGGACUCCCAAGACCCGUCGCAGGACGACGCCAAGGACUCGGAGAGCGCCAACGUGUCGGACAAGGAAGGGGGCAGCAAUGAGAACGACGACCAGAACCUGGGGGCCAAGCGGAGAGGGCCUCGCACCACCAUCAAGGCCAAGCAGCUGGAGACGCUGAAGGCCGCCUUCGCCGCCACACCCAAGCCCACGCGCCACAUCCGCGAGCAGCUGGCUCAGGAGACCGGCCUCAACAUGCGUGUCAUCCAGGUCUGGUUCCAGAACCGACGCUCCAAGGAACGGAGAAUGAAGCAGCUGAGCGCGCUGGGCGCCCGGCGCCACGCCUUCUUCCGCAGUCCGCGCCGGAUGCGGCCGCUCGUGGACCGUUUGGAGCCGGGCGAGCUCCUUCCCAACGGGCCCUUCUCCUUCUACGGAGAUUACCAGAGCGACUACUACGGGCCCGGAGGCAACUACGACUUCUUUCCGCAAGGCCCCCCGUCCUCGCAGGCUCAGACGCCGGUGGACCUGCCCUUCGUACCGUCGUCCGGGCCUUCCGGGACACCCCUGGGUGGCCUGGAGCACCCGCUGCCUGGCCACCACCCGUCGAGUGAGGCGCAGCGGUUCACCGACAUCCUGGCGCAUCCUCCCGGGGACUCACCCAGCCCCGAGCCCAGCCUGCCCGGUCCUCUCCACUCCAUGUCGGCCGAGGUCUUCGGGCCCAGCCCACCCUUCUCGUCGCUGUCGGUCAACGGCGGGGCGAGCUAUGGGAACCACCUGUCUCACCCCCCAGAAAUGAACGAGGCGGCCGUGUGGUAGCGGAGUCGCGGACGGCCCGCGGAGCUCGCGGCUGUACAGAAAUGAACCUUCUAUUUAAG